AUGGACUCCCAUAGUUUCGUUGGAUUAGGAUAUUAUGCAACGUCAAACCCAGCGCAGCAAUCAUAUUCAACAGAAAGCAGCAACCCAUAUCAGCAAUACUAUGGAAAACAGCAAUCGCCAAGCACCCCCAAUACCUACGGAUAUGACGUGUAUGGUGACCAUUUAAGAACUGGUGAAGUUAACUUUGUUCCUAUGACUGAUGUGACCGCCAAUGAAACCCCAUCCGAUCACGCAACCUUCGCCAUUGGGAAGGAGAGCACAGUUCCUCCUGGACUUCCACCGCUUCCUGUUGGUGUAUCAGAACCAUCUGGGUCCAUGCCUGCAUAUCUACAACAUUCCCAAAUGCUUCCAUCUUUCCCAAGCCCACUGGUAGAUGGUCCUCCUCGUACCAUAUCCAUUCCUCAAACAGAAGUAGUAGACACUUCUGCUUUGCAGCAGCAACAGCAGCAAAUAGAAGAAGGACGCAAUAAGGCGCUGGAAAUCUUGAAACAAUUUGGAGCAUCGAAGCGAAUGGAAGAAUCUCAAAUUCAAAAGGUAGCUGAAAUAGGACGAAGUAAGGCUUUGGCCAUUUUGGAGAAUCAAAAGUUGCAGAUGAUGAGCGGCAACGAUGGCCAUCUCCUGUCGCUAGAUGCACUGCCACCGGAAGAAUGGGCCCGGCGGAGAAGGGUUUGUUUCGAAAAGUUGCAACGAAAGUACGAAAAAGCGAUAUUCCGGAACUUUGAAUAUGUCGCUCGCGUCGGAGAAGAACGAUUGAAAGCCCAAGCCAAGCAACUCCAAAACACGGAACGCUAUCACUCGGAGAUGGAAAGCUAUCACGCACAAGUUCUGCAGGAUCGCGCCAAAGCCUAUGCGACGGUACGCAACAAGGACUACUCCUUUACCGUGGCGGGGAUUGGGACCCAACAGCGGCAAAAGGCCGAACGCAAACGCAAACGAACUCAGGGACAACAAGAUUCCUCGUCCUCUGUCGCCAUUUACGUGUCCAAUCUACCAACAGAUGGAUCAGUGUCCGAAGAACUGAUGCGAGCUCUCUUUGGAUCCUAUGGAAGCUUACGAAAGAUUCAUUUCUACAUGGACAAACGAACUGGACAGCCAAAGGGAGACGCCCUGGUGAUUUACAAUACCAGUAUUAGUAGUGGUAUGGACGACGACCGUGGUCCGGCGGAUGUCAAGUCAUCGAUUGUCGAAGCAGUUUGUUCUCAGAUGAAUGGAGCGGAAUUGUCCUGUGGAACUUGCAUCAAGGUGGAGCCAUCCGAUCCAUUUUAUCAACUGCGAAAAAAGAAAGAGGCACCACCAAACUACUAUGGAAAGGCCGGUGCUGAGGAUUCACAGACAGCAGCACCAGCAGCACCAGCAGCACCAGCAGCACCAGCAGCACCAGCAGCAGUGGAAGAGAACGCCGAAGAAUUGGAAAAUAAAGAAGAAUCUGCCAUGGGGGUAGAAGAAGGAACAAGUAAGCCAGAAACGGGAGAUGACAACGGCAAAGAUGAAGACGGCAAAGAUGAAGACGAUUUGGAUGAUUUCUUUGCUUCGUUAUAA